AUGAAGCCCACAGUGGUGGACGACGAUUUUGAAGAGGCCGAGGAAGAGAACAAAGUCAUCAACGAGGUCCUUCUUACUUUCAGGAAAAAGAACGCACCAUAUCUGUAUGACUUACUCAUAACGCACGCGCUCGACUGGCCCAGUCUCACCUGUCAAUGGUUCCCGGACAAAGAAGAUCACCCGAACAAACCAUACACGACCCACCGUCUCCUUCUUGGCACUCAUACUUCUCAACAAGCACCUGACUAUCUCCAAAUAGCCACAGUUCAGAUCCCCAAGCGCGAAGGGCCUGGUUCUGAUACAAUCGACCGUUCCAACUAUGAUGACGAGCGAGGCGAACUUGGCGGCCACACUAUCGCGCCUACCCCGCGUAUCGAAGUCAUUCAGAGAAUCAACCACCAAGGGGAGGUGAAUAGGGCGAGAUAUAUGCCACAGAAGCCGGAUUUGAUUGCCACGAAGGCGGUGUCGGGCGAGGUGCUUGUGUUUGACAGGACGAGACAUCCCAGCGACCCAGAGAGGAAUGGGGUGUGUAAACCCGACAUUAGGUUGCUGGGCCAGACCAAGGAAGGUUUCGGUCUCGCUUGGAAUCCCACGAAGGAAGGACAUAUCUUGGGCGCUUCCGAGGAUAAGACGGUCUGUUACUGGGAUGUAAAUGCCUACACUAAGGCAAAAUCAUCCAUCGAACCUCUGACUGUCUUUAAUGACCAUUCUGCCGUUGUCGGGGACGUUGACUGGCAUCCGUCAGACGGGAACGUUUUCGCCAGUGUCAGUGACGACAAAACACUGAAAAUCUGGGACACUCGACAAAAGGGAGCGGUAAAAUCUCACAAAGCCCACGAUCAAGAAGUCAUGGCCGUCGCAUUCUGUCCUGCAAAUGGAAACCUCAUCAUCACUGGUAGCGCAGACAAGACAAUCGCUCUCUUCGACAUCAGGACACUGGACAAGAAGCACACUUUCGAGUGGCACACUAGCGAAGUCCUUCAACUGACAUGGUCGCCACAUAACCCCACAGUCUUCGCUUCUGCCUCCAGUGACCGCCGCAUCAAUGUUUGGGAUUUGAACAAGAUCGGGGAAGAACAAACACCAGACGACCAGGAAGACGGUCCUCCUGAACUCAUCUUCGUUCACGGCGGUCACACAUCGCGUCCCACUGACCUCUGCUGGGCUCCGGGGACGGGAGAGAACUGGACCAUGACGACCACGUCUGAGGAUAACAUUGUCAUGGUCUGGCAACCCACAAUGCGGAUAUGGGCUGGUGAAGAUGUCGUCAUCGAUGAGAAGGAGUUGGAGGAUGUCGCAAUGGAAGGGGUGGAGAGCACGAGUGCGACGAAGGCCGGCCCUUCAAGAGCUCGUAGCAGUGGAACGCAGAGCAUGAGCAUGAGCACGAGUGUGAGCAUUGCAGGAGGGGAUAUGGAGGACAGUUGAUCCCUAUGUAUCCGUAUCUUGCUAUCCAUUCGGCUUGAUGUAAAUGUGAUGAGGAAGCUUGCAGGUGUGUGUAUGUUCACUCUGGGUAAAAGUAGUGAGGACAAGUGAAGAAUAUAAAUAGCACCAUGAAGAUCCAAAGGGGUAAGAUAUACAGCAGCGGACGCCCCUGUUGCGGGUGUGGAAAGCCGUUCAAUGCAGUGGACGAUAUGCAGUCAAAACAAACAUGGUAUGUAUAUGUCAUUCAGAGGAAAAUGACUCUGAUGAGCUCGAACACAACUCCACCAACGACAACGAAGACGACCAGGCCAAGCGCCCACAACCCGACUGGCGACUGCUUUUCCAGCUUCUCUUUUCGUGACAUGUUCACUGGGUUCUUGCCAGCACGAGCUUUUGAGCUGAACUGUGCGUUCUUUUGGCGGAUCUCGCGAGAGUCAGACAUGAUGGGUUUCGAGUAAUAGUAAGGAGUGACGGGGUCUCUGAGUGAGAAGUAU